UGUCGGGCAACCUCCUGAUCAUCUCCCUGGUGGCAGAAAGUCAAAGUCUUAGCUCUCCUAUGUACUUUUUCCUGAGCCACUUGUCAUCUUGUGAUCUUCUCCUGAGCUCGGUGGUAGCCCCUUUGAUGAUGGACAUCCUAUUGACAGCCAAAAAAUCUAUUUCUGUUUCUGGAUGUAUUGGCCAGUUUUUUUUGUUUGGAGUUCUGGCGACGACAGAAUGUCUUCUUCUGGCAGUUAUGUCUUUUGACCGUUAUGUGGCCAUAUGCAACCCAUUGCGGUACUCUUCGAUCAUGGAUCUUCGAAGAUGCAUCCAGCUGGUUUUUUGGUCCUGGUUUUUACCAAUCAUUGUCAUGCUGACUUUGGCUAUUCAAAUAGGUAGACUAGAUUUCUGUGGUCCCAACGUUAUUGACCAUUUCUUUUGUGACCUGGCUCCUAUUCUGCAGCUAUCAUGUUCAGACACAACCAUUCUGGAGGUUCAGGACUUUGUGGCAGGUCUUCCAUUAACCUUUAUCCCUUUAAUGUACAUUACUGCUACAUAUAUUUCUAUCUUUGCUAAAAUUCUCAAAAUACCUACCACCAACUGCAGGCAGAAAGCCUUCUACACUUGUAGUUCCCACUUGACAGUUGUGUCCAUCUAUUAUGGCACUCUAAUUAUUGUCUAUCUAUUCUUCUCUAAAGAUCAUCCAUCAAACAUCAGCAAACUUCUUUCAUUGCUAUACACUGUGAUCACACCAUUGUUAAACCCUAUUAUUUAUAGCUUCAGGAACCAAGAGAUUAAAUUAGCUUUGUCCAAAUUAGUGAACGUCAAAAAAGCAAAUACUAGGUGGGGAUGAG